GCCAGCAACAAAUUUAUUCUGAAACCGGCCGGCGACUAGUGGCGUUUUUUUAGUUUUCAAUUAUUUUUUCAAUUACAUUGAGACAUAUUUAUUUCAAUAAUCUUAACUGCCUUUAAUUAGAUUGUGAUAAAAUGGCUACUUUAACUAAAGCGCUCAAUAUUGGUGAUGAGUUUCCCAACUUUCAAGCUGAGACCACCGUUGGUAAAAUUGAUUUUCAUGAAUGGAUUGGUGAUUCCUGGGCCAUUCUGUUUUCGCAUCCAGCAGACUAUACACCAGUGUGCACAACAGAACUGUCCCGUGUAGCCAAACUUUUGCCAGAAUUUCAAAAGCGUAAUGUGAAGCCCAUUGCAUUAUCAGUUGAUACUGUCGGUUCCCAUAAAGGUUGGAUUGAAGAUAUUAAAAGCUAUGGAUCUUUAGAUUCAUUCGACUAUCCCAUAAUUGCGGAUGACAAGCGUGAAUUGGCUGUUAAAUUGAACAUGCUUGACAAGGAUGAGCUCAACAAAGAAGGAAUUCCAUUAACAUGUCGUGCGGUGUUUAUAGUUGACGAUAAAAAGAAAUUGCGUCUUUCAAUUCUAUAUCCAGCAACUACUGGAAGAAAUUUUGAUGAAAUACUUCGUGUGAUUGAUUCACUGCAACUAACACAAAAUAAAUCGGUGGCCACGCCUGCUGAUUGGAAGCAAGGUGAUGCUUGUAUGGUUUUACCAACAGUUAAGGAAGACGCUAUUUCAAAAUUAUUUCCAGCUGGUGUGGAAGUGGUUCCAGUACCAUCGGGGAAGUCUUACAUACGCAAAACUCCGCAACCUUAAUUUUCUAUGUUUUUUUUAUGAUUUUUUGAAAUCCUUUACAUUGUUUUUUUAUGAUUUUUUGAAAUCCUUUAUAUUGUUCCUUACAUGAAUAAAACUGAAAUACAAGAUACAUUAAA